AUGGAUUUCCAAGCCGUCCAGCACCUACUUCACUGGAUGGACAAGUUCUCGACAGCCUCGCCCAGAAAGGGCGAUGUGCCCCUAGUGUGUUCCAUCCGUCAUGAAAGAAUACUAUCCACUACUGGUAUCAAUACUUCAGACGGUGCACCAGCCGAGACUAUCAGGCAUAUGCGUGUGUCAUAUCACUUCCACAGCCAAGGGUUUAUGUUCCCCGAGCCCAUUGUCAAUCUACGUUCCGGUACUAAGGAUAGCGCUAGAUUUGUGUUCGCUCUCCUUUCAGCCGCAACCCGCCGCUGGUUCCAUUAG